GAAGAAAAAAACAGACGCCCCCUUUUAACAAACAGACCUCUCUUACAGGGUUGUAUCUCUAGCCCUUACUUUAGCAGUUGCUAAAUUCGGAAUCUAUUGUUAUUAUGUCCAGUUAGAAUUGUACAAUAAAUGUGCAGAUUGGUUAGUUUAUGCUGUUAACACGCCGUCAUGGAUGCUGUGAACGCGUUUAACACGGAGUUGUUCUCCAUGAUCGAGAUGAAGCCUCCAAUAUCCCGAGCUAAAAUGAUGUCCGUUACCAAAUCGGCUAUUAAAGCCAUUAAGCUGUACAAACAUGUUGUCCAGAUUGUUGAAAAGUUCAUCAAGAAGUGCAAGCCAGAAUUGAAGGUUCCUGGUCUAUAUGUAGUUGAUUCUAUUGUACGGCAGUCAAGGCAUCAGUUUGGUGUAGAAAAGGAUGUUUUUGGACCCAGGUUUUUAAAGAACUUUACGGAUACUUUCCGAAAUCUUUACCACUGCUCGGAGGACGAUAAGAGUAAAAUACUUAGAGUACUAAACCUCUGGCAAAAGAAUGGCGUGUUUGAUAUGGAGAUCCUUCAGCCUCUAAUGGAUAUGGCCGAUGGCACUGUUGUGCCACCUCCUGCUCCGGAAGUUCCUGUUGACCCACAAACAACACCUCCAGUCAGUAAUGCCUCAGUUGGACCUGUUGUACCGCAGCUGCCCACUUCAGAAGCUUUAGCUGCUGUGGCCCAGCUGUUUCAAUCCCCUCAUGCUCAGGAGUUGCAGAGGAUGCUCCAGAACCUUCAACAGGCAGACAAGAAGGUUGGAGAUUUUCCAUCUGCAAACAACAUAACAAGCCAACCUCAGAUGGCAGUAACCCAGCUCAACCCAUAUACUGCUGAAACUGUGAAGAAAGAUUCUUUAGCUGAGAAACUACUUGACCGAUUUGACUAUGAUGACGAACCUGAGGAAAUGCCGGUUUCAGAAGGCAACGUUCAGUCACAGGGUAUACCUGAAAAUUUGUUAAACCGGUUUCCUGUUCAGAUGCUAAAUCCAGAUUUUCAUCCCGACAUGUUGGGACGGACUGGAGAUAUAAAGCACAGUGGAGAAAUGAGUCAUGCUGAACAACAUUUGCCAUCAGAUGGAUUUAAUUCUGUUAAAGAGUCCAACUCUCAAUCUUGGGAAAAUUCAAGAGAAAAUUCUUCCAUGCGGCAGGAGGGGAGAGACAGAGGCAGUGGUGCGAGGUCCAGAUCUGCUUCUAGAUCUCCAAGGAGAAGAAGAUCGAGAUCUUCAUCUCGCUCCAGGUGGUCAAGGCACAGACGCUCUCGCUCCAGAGAACGGCGCUGGAGACCUCGCACGGGUUCAGAAGAUGGGAGUGAAAGGGAGAAGGACAGAGAACGCAGACAGAAAGGUCUUCCGAGCAUAAAGAGCCAAACUCUGAGCGUUUGCAGUACCACGCUUUGGGUUGGGCAGCUUGACAAGAAAACUCAUCAAUCUGAUGUAAUGUGCCUUUUGGAAGAGUUUGGUCAGAUUGAUUCCAUCAACAUGAUUCCUCCAAGAGGCUGUGCUUAUAUAGUCAUGGUUCACCGACAAGAUGCUAACACAGCCUUAAAAAAGCUCAGUAGAGGGUCAAACAAAGUCAACCAGAAACCUACAAAGAUUGCUUGGGCUUUAAACAAAGGUAUAAAGUCAGCACACAAAAAGUUCUGGGAUGUGGAGCAGGGAGUUACUUACAUUCCUUGGAGCAAAGUCAAAGUUGAAGAGUUGGAGAGCUAUCAGGAGGGCGGCAUGCUGGAUCCAGACACACUAAAUCCAGAGUGGAAUAAUACCAGGGUGGUUGACGGCCAAGCUGUAAAUGGAGCAAUGGAAACAGUACCAGACGUGACAGUCAGUGCUCAUGUUCAGAUGCCAGCAGUUCCGCAGUGUGAACCAAUUGGAAGUCCGCCGUCCUUUCCUGCCCCCAUCAUGCUUUCCCCAACGUCCUUACCAACAGGAGGAGCCCAGUUCUUACCCUCCGACUUUGACCCCGCACAUCUCGUAGGAGGAAAUAUUAAAGCUCGAGUGGAGUCCACAGAUGAUUCUCCCGGAGACAAAGGUCCCUCGUCUGCUACUGGCAAUCAUCUAGGGUCUCCAGCAGCACAGGUUAUGAUGCUGCCAAACCCUGCAGUCAUGCAGGGCCCCCCCAGACCCGGAAUGCCACCUCUGCAGCCUCCCCUUGGCAUGCCGAAUCCUCACAUGCGCCCUUUCCCUGGACCUCCAAACAUGCAACGCAUGCCUUCGCAAAUGAUGCCGGGAGGGCCCAUGUUUCCAUCAAAUAGAUUUAGAAUGCCCCUGCCCUUUCCUCCUCAGGGUCCUCCUUUCCAACGGCACCCAUCCAUGGGACAAGAGAUUAUGAAUGAUGGGGAGAGGGGGCAUUUCCGAGCCAUUAGACCUGGAUUUGGACGGCCACCGUUUCAAAGAGGGAGGUGGUAGAGAAUACUUUAUUAAUGAACCUGAAGGAGACUCUCUAAGAUAACUGUGACAGGUUUUCAAAAAAAUUCACCCAGGAAACCUGUGAGCACCUGGUGACGUCGCAUCUUCUGCUCAGAGUUGCUCCUUUUCCCCCCCCGUUUCCAACACUAACAAAUAAAAAAAGUUCCAAAGACGCUCCUAUGACUUCAUCAGAGAUGGGUUUGUUUUUUUUUGUUUUUUUUGCUGUAUAUACUAAACAUGCGUGUAUAUAUUUGGUUUUUUGUAUAUUUAGAUUUGUGUAUGCUUGACUCUGUUGGCAGGACUAGACAUCAUAGCCUGUAUGUUUUGAACAGUCAGCGUUAAUCUACUGAAGAAAAAAACAACAUAAAAUGUAUCUUAUCAGUUUUUAGUUCCUGACAUUUAGUUGUUAGAAGAAAAAUAAAAGAUUUAAUCAGAAGAUUUAAUUUCUGGCCAGCAGAUGGUGGAAUAAGUCCUACUUCUAUAUAAAACCACUGUUAUAUAUUACCGUCACCCCUUAUACAACUAUGUACACAGAAUAAAGAGUGUCCACCAUUUUCU